GAGGUUGACGUCUUUGCCUGGCCCACAUUCUGUGCUCGACGUGAAUAUUGGUGUACUUAAAGUGGCUGGUCUAUGGCCUACGCGUCCAUACGGUGUGUUCACCUUCUACACUGCGUGGAUAUACUUAACGCAGUGGGCUGUAUUCGCAUUGGACUCUAUGUCGCUAUAUUACUACUGGGGUAACCUUAAUAUGAUAACGGCUGUCUUCUGCAACCUUACGUCUAUAACAGCUGGAAUUAUUAAAAUGACUCAUUUCUUCAUGUACAAGCCGAAGUAUUACACGCUCGUUAACAAACUGGACGCACUGGUCGCUUCCCAACAGCGGAUUACCGAUCCAAAUGUAAAUUCAAAGUCUAUUUUAGUACAAACAAGCAAACUGAAUAAAUACUCGACCUACAUCAUUGUGACAUACGGAAAUCUGGUUGGGGUGCCUUGGAUUGUGCUGCCUUUCGUGAUGGACAGUGGAGAGACAGAAAGGACCCUUCCAGUGGUGGAGUGGUACGGCAUACGGCAAGACAAGUCACCCCUUUUCGAGAUUGGCUACGUCCUCCAGUGCCUCACCAUAAUGUACUGGUUCUUCGCAAGCUGGGGUCUGGACCUCUUCUUCGGUGCACUCAUGAUUCACCUGGCCGGCCAGUUUAAGAUUCUCAAUAACCGCGUUGCCAAUGUGGGGCGAAAAGACGACGCUGCCUUUAAUAGCUCACCCUCUGGAGAAACUGAAAGGAAAAUAAUGGAUUUCAACAGAGAUGUAAUCCCUAGAAAAACUCCUGUUCAACAGCAAGAGGUCACAUUGUACAGCGAACUCCGUAAAUGCAUCAUCGAUCACCAAGAGAUGAUAAGUUUCAUGAACGACCUGGAGCAGACAGUCAACUUCGUAGUCCUCGUUCAGUUCUCGGCGGGAACAUUGGUAAUUUGUGUGAAUCUGUUCCAGGCUGCAUUGAAUGUCCAGGACUUUUCUUCGGUGCUCAAAGUUUGCAUGUACAUGUUUGAGCUCAUAUUACAGCUUUUCAUAUACUGUUGGUGCGCUCACGACGUUAUGGUGGAGAGCGAGCGCUUGUGCACUUCAGCGUACUUCAGCGAAUGGCCGGGUGCACCACGACGUUUCACCACAGCACUGCACAUCCUCAUGGCCCGUGCUCAGAAGCCGCUUACCGUCUCCGCAGGCCGUAUAUACACCAUCAAUAGAUCAACAUUCGUCUCGCUGAUCAACGCUUCGUAUUCCUACUACGCUAUUCUGCGCCAGAUGAGCGAUCGCUGAUGAUUUAGCAGUUUCGUGAAAAACUGUGCUGACAUCUGGACGUGAAUGAAGGUGACGUGAUUGUGG